GUUGAAAAUGACCUCACCUGCCCAACAGUAGGGAAUCGAGAGCGCGCUCUCUCUCUCUUUUUUAAAAUAACUGAUUUCGUCUCAAAAUUAUAUAUUGAAUGCCUGCCGUAUGCGAUGUAUUGCUUUAGGUUUUUGGGAGACUUUUGGAGCGUAUAUUCUAGUAGGGCUGAGGAGGGAAAUUGAAAUAAAGAACAACUGAACUUAACAGUUAAUGUUGGAGGGUGGUGAAUGCCUUGAGGAAAAAGUAGAGCAGGGGCACGGGGCGGUGACAUUAGAUAAAAAUGCCACUGGAACAGAUCGGGCGCUGAAAUUGAACAAAGUCAUGAAAGAGGCAAGGGAGUGAGCCACGUGGCUAUCUGGAGGAAGAUUAUUUCUAGCAUGUGGAAAAGCUAGGAGAGAUGUCCAGAGACCGGAGGGAAAAAGCUGGAGCUGGGGAGGCCGGCGUGGUGGAAGGAACUGAGCAGGGGAGAAUGAAUGGUAGAUGUGAUCAGCACUGGAAAAAGAUGCCAGCCCCAGCCACCACAUAUGAAAGAAUUGUUUACAAAAAUCCCUCUGAAUACCACUACAUGAAAGUCCGCCUAGAAUUUCAAGAUUGUGGGGUUGGCCUGAACGCUGCACAAUUCAAACAGCUGCUUAUUUCAGCCCUGAAGGACCUGUUUGGUGAGGUUGAUGCUGCCUUACCUUUGGACGUUCUAACCUAUGAAGAGAAGACCCUGUCAGCCAUCCUGAGGAUAUGCAGCAGUGGUCUUGUCAAAUUGUGGAGCUCUCUGACCCUGUUAGGAUCCUAUAAAGGCAAGAACUGUGCUUUCAGAGUGAUUCAGGUUUCUCCAUUUCUCCUUGCAUUAUCUGGCAAUAGUAGGGAACUAGUAUUGAAUUGAGUAAUCUUCAAUUUGAGAAAAUAUUCCUCACUCUCAAAAGUACUUUUUGGUGCCAGCAUAAUGCUUGGAGACUGAAGCAGCCCAAAAACUCCUGUCGAUGGAAUUUGAGAGUGCUGAAGAUGUUCCCAGUAAUGUCCAACCAUCGCCUCUGGUGGGGUAGGCUUCACAGGAGAGUCUGCCUGAGCCAAGCAGUGCUGAACAGGCAGCCCUUAGAGCGCAUGCACCUCAGAGUUGGAGACCGGGCUGAGCUCAGGAGGGCCUUCACUCAGAGGGAUGUGGCCACCUUCUCAGAAUUAACAGGGGAUGUCAAUCCUUUGCACUUAGAUGAAGAUUUUGCAAAACACACCAGAUUUGGAAAGACAAUUGUCCAUGGAGUUUUGAUCAAUGGACUUAUUUCAGCUCUCCUCGGUACUAAAAUGCCAGGGCCAGGCUGUGUGUUUCUUUCCCAGGAAAUUAACUUUCCAGCCCCUUUAUAUGUUGGGGAAGUUGUUUUAGCUUCUGCAGAAGUGAAAAAGCUGAAGCGGUUCAUUGCCAUUAUUGCAGUAUCGUGUUCCGUACUAGAAAGUAAAAAGACUGUUAUGGAA